GCCCAAUCAUGAAAUUGACCAUGUGAAUAAAUAAAUAUUACCUACACAGAAAAAAGCUCUCAGUAGCUGGUACCUUCUUCCCCCAGUUGUUUGACGACGUCGUUUUAAUUAUCCUUUCCGACCAUCUCUUUCAUUACAAAACCCAUAUGAUCCACCUCUAAUCUAAUUAAGACCUAUCUAUUCUCAAUCUCGUAUCUGAUUCUCCUUGGGAUUGGUGCCUCAUAAUUGGAACUCGAUGAGUAUCGAACCAUUUAAUCGAUUGGUGAAGCUGACAGCUAGGGCUUUUUAUGAUGAUUUCACAACUAAAGGAGAUAAUCAGUCUAAAUCUGGGAGGGCUGAUAAUCGAGGAAUCGCUGUCGUUGUUCUCGAUGCUCUCACUAGGCGUCAAUGGGUAAGAGAAGAAAAUUUGGCAAAGGACUUGAAGCUGCAUACAAAACAACUUCGCCGCACAUUAAGGUUUUUUGAAGAAGAAAAACUUGUGACACGAGAUCAUAGAAAAGAGACCGCAAAAGGUGCAAAAAUAUAUAGUGCUGCUGUUGCUGCAACUGCAGACGGGCAUCAAACAGGAAGAGAAGGAGAGGAAAAAGUAAAAUUGCACACUCACUCAUACUGUUGUCUGGAUUAUGCACAGAUUUACGAUGUCGUUAGGUACCGUAUGCAUCGGAUGAAGAAGAAGAUAAAAGAUGAACUGGAUGAUAGGAACACAAUUCAGGAGUAUAUAUGUCCAAACUGCAAAAGAAGAUAUACUGCUUUAGAUGCACUACGACUGGUUUCUCCGGAGGAUGAAUAUUUUCACUGUGAGAAUUGCAAUGGAGAAUUAGUAGCAGAGGGUGACAAGUUAGCAGCGGAAGAAAUGGGAGAUGGUGAUGACAAUGCAAGAAGGAGGCGGCGUGAAAAAUUGAGAGAUAUGCUUCAAAUGUUUGAGGAGAAGCUUAAGCCGUUGAUGGAUCAACUUAACAGAGUCAAAGACUUGACUGUUCCAGAAUUUGGAACUCUCCAAGCUUGGGAAGUGCGAGCAAAUGCUGCUGCACGUUCGGCUAACGGUGAUGCUAAUAGCAAUGAUCCAUCUAAAUCUUCACAAGCUUAUAACGGAACUCCUAUGCCAUUCCUUGGAGAGACAAAGGUGGAAGUUGCUUUCUCCGGUGUUGAAGAUAAAGGAUCAAAUAUCAAAUCCGAAAAUACAAGUACACCAAUGAAAGUUUUGCCUCCAUGGAUGAUCAGGCAAGGGAUGGUUCUUACCAAUGAGCAGCGAGGUGAGGUCAAGCAAGAGUCAAAUAUAGAGGGUACUUCAACUGCUGCUGACCUAUCCGAAGACAAGAAGUCAGUAGAUCAGAAAGAUGACAAGAAUUUACAGGAUGAAUAUUUUAAAGCAUAUUAUGCUGCUUUACUUCAAAGGCAGCAAGAACAAGAAGAAUCUAUCAAGGUAGAACAGGAGUCUUUCAACACUACUGAGGGUUCAUCUCGUCAAGUUGGCAUGAAAGCUAAGCGUGAAGAUUACGACAAUGAUGAGAGAGAUGAAAAUGUUGAAUGGGAAGAAGCUCGAACAACAGGAAAUACAAGCAGCACUUUUAAGGUGGACUUGAAUGUUGAAGCUGAUGCCUCAGGGGAUGAUGAAGAUGACAUUGACUGGGAGGAGGGUUAAAAGCAGUAGCCAAUGGAUGAUAAUCUUCCAAAUUUUUAUGGUCUUUGGCGUCAGGGGAGCACAUCAAAUUCUUUGGUUGAAUCCUAUAGCAGAUUUCUUUGUUAUCUUAAGUGACUCUUGCUUUACCUAUGUGUAAAGUUUAUCGCACAGUAAACUCAAGACUCAAAGUCACCUUGUCUUGCGUUAGAUAGACAUACUUAUGGUUCAUUAUAGCUAAUGCCAACUGUGAUUAAACUGUGGUGAGGUGUAACCGGGGAUUUUGGGACACUGGGACUUGGGUGAGGAGCCAGCUUGAAUUGAAUAGCAAUACGGUUUGGUUCUGAAUCCCUCCUAAGUAGACAUGGCAUCCAUGUAUCAGUAAUUUGGAACUGCCCCCUACCAGGCUCCCAUGCUCCUUUAGAGCACCUUUUUGGUUUGGCUAGCUUAAAAGUUUAGGGAUUGCAACACAACUGUUAAAUUUUAUGCCAUUUGUUUUAUAUGCUUGAGAUUUUUGUUCUCUCA